UUACCCUUCCCGGCCGUCUUGAUGCAUGCAAUGCCAUUCCAUCCCUUGGUUCCCAUGUCUCGACUGUCCACGCGCUAAUUAUUCAUACGAUUUCCAACGAAGACUGGGGAUUCCCAAGCAAGGAAGGGAGUUGUCCCCUUCGCGUGGUGCUGGUGGCUGCGCGAUUAGAGUUCACCCCGACCAAUAUUUCUCCCUUCGCAGCCAAAGAAGAAAGUCACGAUCAUGGACGACAAAACCUUCACGCCCAUCUCCGCGCCUGCGAAUGAGACAGCCGACCCAGUCGAUGCUACCGAACCGUCCUCAAAGGCACCCAAGCCAACUCGCAACUCAUCAACAUCCUCACUACCCGCAACAAGAAAACUACAACCCAAACAGUCGACAUCAGGAGCAAAUUCCCCUGCGGCUUCUCGCGAGGCCUCUCCAAAUAGACCAGGACUGAAAUCCUCGGCCUCGGGCCGCUCAACGAAUGGUCCAGGCCGGUCGAGGAAGAAUAGUUCUCAAGACGUCAGCCCAGCACGCUCGGUCACUUCAAGUACAAAUCCUCCGUCUGCUGCCGCAACACAACGAGCAUUGUCAGCCGCAUCGAUCCCUACCUUACACCCUACCACCUCAGACUCAACAAUAAAAACACCAGUACCCCAAAAACCUUCCACCAAUCCCGAAAUUCGAGAGACUCCUCGCUGGCCGAUAUCUCCAAGACUACGAGUCAGCUCAAUACCUCAGGUUGCUGUUGGCCCGAUCGGAGGAGGGGGUAACAAUGGAAGCAUUCGGACAAAGCCCAGCACGGAAACAAUCCGACCGAAGAAAGAAAAGAAGAAGACUGCACGCAAGGCUCCGUCAGUCACGUCCAAUACGGGUGAGCAGCAACGUUCAUCAAGGUCUAAACAGCACCACCAUCAUUCCAUUCGAGAAAACGUCUCAGAAACCAGUUCCAUAUAUUCACCAGAAAUGGAAUACGGUCAAGGACCCUUUUCAUCAUAUGGUAGUUUCGCAACGAGUCCUGAGCGUCCAUCAGCCUCCCGCAAACCAAGUCUCAAUUUUCCAGCUGUAAGUGCUAUGCUAAUCAGAUCACGUCCAGCAUCAUCAAAAGCAGAUAUCUUCGAGGCCAAAGUUGCCAGUGCCGUAGACGAGGCGAAUUCUUCCGACUCCGAAGAAACUUUCGUCUACGAGUCCAAUCCACCUGAAGUGAAUGACCGACCUCGACGAUUUCAUUCACGAACUCCAAGUGCGACAUCGAUGGCGAGUCAAGCCGACCAACGAAACGGCUUGCGUUCCAUCUUAGACGGCCAUCACAGUGUCGCUAUGAAGAAGAGCAUGAAAUUUGCCAAUUCUUACAAUAGCAAUGCGCCGGAAGCGAAUGCUGGGGACGAUGACGGCAAAGGUACAGCACGCAGUAAUGUUGGUACUGGUAGAGGUACUACCCAUCAUCAUCACAUUGGCGGCCGAUGGAGUCGCAACAAUGGUGGCAAUGGCCACCCAUCACUCUUUGAUACUGAAUCUCCUUUUCCGAAUGCAGCGAAGUCAAAGAUGGCGGGCAAUAAUCCGAGACAUUCGUCUCGACCUACAAGCCCAAGGGUUGCUAAUAUGAGAAUGGCGGGUAAUGGCAGGAAGUCUUCACCGAUGUCUUCUGGAUACGACCUGGAUGACGGUGCUGACGAUGAGCGAACACCACUCAUGAACACUGUACGAUCAAAUAGAUCUGUUCGAGGUCGACGACAGAAUAUUUCGAGGCAUCACUUGGAGCGACAAUCAUCACCGCAUGAUAAAUCAUUUCUGGCUCGAUGUGCUGGUUGUCUGGUUUUAACUGUUAUGAUUAUAAUGGUGAUUUCCGGAGCUCUUGUCUUCAUAUUUGCGACCACUCAACCUCUCACGGACGUCAAAGUCAUGGCAUUGAAGAAUGUUCUAGCGAGUGAACAAGAUAUUAUCUUCGAUAUGCAGGUACGAGCACGAAAUCCCAACUUGGUUGUCGUCUCGGUCGAUUAUGCAGAUCUGUUCAUCUUUGCCAAAUCCAAGUAUGCAGGCACCGAUACUGAAUGGUGGAGGAAGCCGAACCCAGGAGAGAAGAUCCUUCGACGAGGUCUCAGGAAGCGCGACGACGAUCCUCUUGAUCCGCCAGUUGGGGACGAUCCCGGUUCAAGUCCAAAUUUGGAGAUUGGGCACAUCCACAUGCUUGAUAGUCCGUUAACUUUCGAAGGCUCACCAUUUCGCAACCAAACGUCGACAUCAUUGGGACAAAUCCGAAUCGAUCAUCCGGGUAACCACACGGUACCUGCGGGCAGCGUGCGCUGGGGCCGAGUUUUACAACAUGAAUUCGAGCUCAUCGUCCGAGGUACAUUGAAAUACUCGCUUCCCCUAGGCCAGAAAACACGAAGCAUCAGCGUCGAAGGCCGAGUCACCGUUGAGCCAAACGCCGCAGAUCAGGACCCAGAUGACGCUGUGCAUAUAAUCUGACGGGUCCGAACUCUGACGGCAUCGUGGUCGUCACCACAUUUUCCUAUGUCGUCAUGUUACUUUAGUCAUGUACAUUGAGCGAAUUAUGGGGUUUUUGCGUUCCGUUAUUCAAGCGUGGGCGACCAGAGGCGCAAUUCAAAAAUAUCGCAUUAAAGUGCUACUGGAUGGUCUGACUUCAUUUGGACACAGUCAAAAAACACACUUUUUCAUCAAAAGUCUUGAGCGCGCGUUGUGCUUUUUCUUGCUUUCUGAUCGCCUUUUGAGGGAAUUUUAAGGAUAGGAUUCUUGUUUUUUUGCUUGUCUCUUAUGUUUUUUAUGGGGUUAUAGGAAUGGCUCACGAGCAAAGGGCAUGG